CUUGCCUUGUUCUCAAAGUCCUUACUUCGCAAGACUAUCCUUUUUAUCCUUAAGAAUUGUCAAAUUCUUCUUGUGCUUGCUUGAGGGACGAGAGAUGGAGAUUACUACAAAGAAAUCGACCAUGGUGUAUCCUGCUGAAGAGACAUCGAAGCAUCGGCUAUGGAGCUCAAACUUAGAACUACUGAUGACACUGCAUCAUGUCCCUACGGUGUACUUCUUCAGACCAAACGGUUCUUCCAAUUUCUUUGAUGCUCAAGUGCUUAUGGAGGCUUUAAGCAAGGUUCUCGUUCCAUUCUACCCCAUGGCUGGGAGGUUGGCAAGGGAUGAAACGGGAAGAAUUGAGAUAAAUUGCAACGCGGAGGGAGCUUUAUUCAUCGAGGCUGAAACUGAUGCUGUGAUAGAUGACUUGAUUGGGGAUACCAUUCACAGUUCAGAGCUUUGGCGUUUAGUUCCCACGGUUGACUAUGCAGCAGAUAUUUCCUCGUAUGCACUCAUUUUGUCACAGGUCACAAAAUUCAAGUGUGGAGGAGUCUGUCUUGGGAUCGGAUUACAACACACUUUGGCAGACGGUCCAGCUGGGAUUCAUUUCGUCAACAGUUGGGCUGAAUUGGCACGAGGUCUUCCCCUUAGUGCCGAACCUCACAUUGAUAGGUCUCUCCUUCAAGCUCGAGACCCGCCAACUCCCACAUUUCACCAUGUUGAGUACGACCCACCUCUUUCCAUGAAUACUGAUCACGAACCCCAGUCAGAUCCUGAAACAACCGUGUCCAUCUUCAAACUCACACCCGACCAGCUCAACACCUUGAAAGACAAGGCAAACAAAGACGGUAAUGCUGGCAACUACAGCACUUACAACAGCCUGGCGGCCCAUAUAUGGCGUUGUGUGAGUAAAGCACGAUGCCUUGCGGAUGAUCAACCGACCAAGCUAUACAUUCCAAUUGACGGGCGGUCCAGAUUGCGUCCACCUCUCCCACCAGGCUAUCUCGGAAACGUAAUCUUCAUGGCUGCAACGAUUGCUCCAAACGGUGAUAUCCAAUCAGAGUCAUUUCCGGAUACCGCAAAGAGAAUCCAGACAAUAUUGAAGCGACUGGACGAUGAGUACCUAAGGUCGGCAAUCGACCACAUGGAAACAGUGCCCAACGUAAGGGCUCCGGUGCGAGGAGCCCGAGGCUUCCAAUGCCCAAAUCUGAGCAUCAACAGUUGGGUGUGGUUGCCCAUCUAUGAAGCAGAUUUCGGAUGGGGUUGUCCCAUUUGGCUAGGUGCAGCCAAAGUCUCCCAAGACGGCAAGACAUACGUCCUACCAAGCCCCGUUAAGGAUGGGAGCUUGUAUCUGGUCACAUGCUUAGACACCGCUCACAUGAAAACGUUCGGGCAGCUUCUGUACGAAAUCUAAGAACCAUAUAUUCAGUCCAACAGACGAAAAAUAAGAGGAGAAUUUCCAUAGAACCAGAGCAGCCCUACACGAAAUCUCAUAUGUACCACUUUCCUACUUUUGUUAA